UUGCGGCAGAAACAAAGUACUAUUUCUCCGAGUUGCGUAGUUUUCUUUUCUUCUACAUCUAGUUUUUUCAUAUUCAUAUCACCUUCUCUCAUUUUUCUUCUUUCAAUAGAAUUUUUUAAAAGAUGGCAGCUCCAAUCCGAUUCUUUGAGCUGAACACUGGUGCCCAGUUACCUUGCAUCGGUCUAGGAACCUACGCCAUGGUCGCCACAACGAUCGAACAUGCAAUUAAGAUUGGUUACAGGCAUAUCGACUGUGCUUCGAUUUACGGUAACGAGAAAGAGAUUGGUGGUGUGUUGAAGAAGCUGAUAGGUGAUGGUUUCGUGAAGCGUGAGGAGUUAUUUAUCACUUCCAAACUCUGGAGCAAUGAUCAUUUACCUGAAGAUGUGCCUAAGGCAUUGGAUAAAACAUUACAGGACUUACAGAUUGACUAUGUUGAUUUAUAUCUGAUACAUUGGCCUGCGAGCUUGAAGAAGGAAUCACUUAUGCCAACGCCUGAGAUGCUCACUAAACCUGACAUACCCAGUACAUGGAAAGCAAUGGAAGCUCUCUAUGACUCUGGAAAAGCUCGAGCAAUCGGUGUAAGCAAUUUCUCGUCGAAGAAGCUCAUAGAUCUUCUUAACGUGGCACGUGUAGCCCCGGCUGUUAACCAAGUUGAAUGUCACCCAGUUUGGCAGCAACAAGGUCUUCAUGAGCUAUGCAAAUCCAAAGGAGUUCACUUAUCCGGUUACUCUCCUUUGGGUUCCCAAAGUAAGGGAGAAGUCAGGCUAAAGGUUCUUCAAAACCCGAUUGUUGCCGAGGUUGCUGAGAAACUUGGAAAGACCACCGCUCAAGUGGCUCUCCGUUGGGGACUCCAAACUGGUCAUAGUGUUCUACCAAAGAGCUCGACCGAGGCUAGGCUCCAGGAGAAUCUUGAUGUUUUUGACUGGUCUAUACCUGAAGAUCUGUUUGCCAAGUUCUCUAACAUUCCCCAGGAGAAGUUAUGCCGAGGUGCUGAGUUUGCGCAUGAGACACACGGCUUCUAUAAGACCAUUGAGGAGUUGUGGGACGGUGAAAUUUGAGAUAAGGGCCCUCCUUUCUACUUGUUUAACCAUUAAGGAUGUGGAAAUAAAUAUGUUAUGUUUUUAUAUAAUCCUUCCAUGAGAAAACACUAAACACAUGGGAUUUCAUGAAGUUUGGCAAAUGUUGUUACUCUUCAGUCUUCAAGCAAUAAAAUGUUUUCAACUA